AUGCCAAGAUUAGAAGAGUCCGAAAUCAAGAAGUAUUGGGAGAUAUUUCAAGGAUUGAAGCCUGUAGAUAAUAAAGUCACUGGAGACAAGGUGGCACCAGUGUUGAAAAACUCACGGUUAGCCAAUCCACAAUUAUCUAAAAUAUGGGAAUUAUCUGAUAUUGAUAACGAUGGGAAGUUAGAUUUCGAGGAGUUUUGCAUUACUAUGAGACUAAUCUUUGAUUUAGUUAAUGGUUCGAUUAAGGAUGUGCCUCAAGAGUUACCAAGUUGGUUGAUUCCUGCGUCUAAACAUGCCCUUAUUGAAGCAAAUAAAGCAAUUAAUAACAAAGGGAACCUCGCAGUUGGAGAAUGGGAUGACGAUGAUGACGGCUUGAGUGACGAUUUUGAUUGGUAUAUAUCUCCAACGGAUAAGUCAACAUAUGAAACUAUUUAUAAUUCCAACUGUGAUUCAUUUGGAAGAAUCAAGUUUGAAUCAUUACAUGCACUAUACGGUACAUUGGCAAAUGUCCCGAAAAGCGAUAUCUCCUCAGCGUGGAACUUGGUAAACCCUAAGUCAUUCGAGACCAUUGAUAAAGAUCAAACCUUGGUUUUCUUGCAUAUAUUGAAUCAAAGAGAAAACGGCAAAAGAAUACCUCGUGGUGUUCCUGCAAGUUUACGUGCGACCUUCUCUAAGGAAGUGCCCAACUAUGAUCUUAGUGCCCAGUCUCAGCCACAAUCUACCACAGCUACGCAAGCAUCCAAACGAAGUUUUGCGGAGAAUUAUCUUAGCACCAUCGGACAAGGUUCCGCUAUAAGAAAUAAAGGAACAGACUUCUCGUCCACAGAAGGAACAGACUGGGAGGAAGUUAGAUUAAGACGCGAGCUUGCAGAUUUAGAAAAGCUAUUAGAUAAAGUUCAAAGCGGGGCUCAUUCAAGUCAGAAGGAGAACGAAGAUAACAUGUUGAUCAAGUACGAGUUUGAACAAUUAUUGAAGUAUAAGCAAGAUAAAUUAAAUCUGGGUAUGGCGAAUGGAAGAAAUGCUGACGAUUUAACUCAAGUUCAAACGGACGUGCAAGAUAUUCAAAAUCAAGUCUAUUCAUUAGAGCAGUUCUUAGACUCAAAGAAGCAGGAAUUACGUCAACUAAACCAGCAAAUUGAUGCAUUGCACAAGUAA